CCUUCAAUACGCAAUGGCUUCCAUCUUACUGAAAGAGAAGAGUGGACAUGGCCAGUCCCGAGAAGGAGAAGACCCCUGGGAGUGUAGAGUAUUCAAAGGAGAGUUUGUUGUUCAAAUACCUCAUCAGCAGAGACGUCAAAUCAAGGGUGUCACUCCUAAUUACCGCCUUUAUCGUGAUCCUAAAGUUCUUCUGUAUGCUGAACCCAUUGAAGUUGCUCCAGUAGAAGAAAGGGAAAUAGAAUAUCUUCAAGCAGUACAACCAGCUAGUGCACGAUUAAAGGAAUACUUAAACGAGAAUAAGGAGACGAAUAUGGAUCUGGUAGUUGGUGAUAAGGUGAUCUUCAAGCUAAAGUUACCAGAGUUUUUUGCAUCAAAAGCCACAACACCAACUGCAUCAGUCAAUGGUACAAUACGUUAUAUUGGUCCUCAUCCUGAUAGUGAUGGAAUAGUCUUUGGUAUUGAAAUAGAUGUACGAGAUCAAGCAUAUCGUGGUAAAGGUACCAGUAAUGGUAGACCUUAUUUCACUUGUGGACCCAACAAUGCUGUCUUUGUUGCUAUGGAUAAGAUAAUCAAGAGACAAGAUCCAUCUCGUACUAGAUCUGGUCAGGGAUUACCUGAACUUUCUGUUAUGGAGCCACAACCUAGACCAGCUACAAGAAGCCUGAGUGAAACAAAACUUGCUGCCAGUGGUCAACCUAAAGGUGUUAUUGAUAGGGUAAAAGAUUUUGUAAAAUCCUUGCCAAUGGACGACUAUGCAGCAGAAGAUGAAGGAAGAUUUGAAGUAGGAGAUGUAUCUGGUCAUAAGUCUCGAUUCAAAGAAGGUGAUCGUGUGAUAUUACAGACAGUUAAAGAAGACAUAGUUGCUGGUACAGUGAGGUGGGUGGGAUCCAUUAGAGUUUCUAAAGACAUGAAAGUUGAUCCUCUUCCAGUAAUAGGAAUAGAAACAGACAGAAAAAUAGAUUCUUCGAAAGAUUUUAAUGGUGUUGAUAUUAAUGUCACUGGCAGUCAUGGUAAGGUUUUUAAAGUAUCAUAUAAUCACAGUCGAGUGUUCCUUCCUGAACAAAUGGUACUUACUAUUGAUGAGUAUACAAUGCAGAAACAGAAGGAUCACGCUGCUAAAUUUGAGAAAGAAACCAAAAUGGAUGAUGCUACUGAAAAUGAUGAGAAGAAAUUAGCUACAGAAUUUGGUAUGUCAGUAGCAGAAUAUCGACGACAACAGCAAAGUUAUGUUGACUUUUCUAAGAAAAUGAAUGAUAGAAGGAUAGCUGAUGAAUCAAAAAUUGAAGACAUGACCGAAGAAAAGUUUGCAGUAAGCUGUGGAAUAGGUGAAGGAGAAGAGUAUGAUGCAUUAUCAGAUACAAUACAAGUUAUGAGGUUUGCUGGGCUUAAAGCAGUUGAGGAACGAGUCGAAAGAGAAGGAAGGGCUCUUGAAGAUCGAAAACGUUUAAAGGAAGAAAUCCAUCAGCUCCAGGCAUCAAUUGAAAAUCUUCAGUUGGAGAAAGACACUCAACAAAAGAGAGCUGAACAGCAAGAACAACAAUGGAGGAAUGAAAAACAACAACUUCUGGAAGAACAGGAUCGUCUGAGGGAAGAAGUUAAGCUAGUGCAGGAACAAAUAGAAACAGACAAACAAGCACUAAAGGAGGAAAAUGGCCAACUAAAAUAUGAAAAUGAGCGUUUAAGGAGAGAGAUCACUGACCUUAGAGAAGCUCAUCAUGAGCUGCAACAAGAAACAGAAAAGAAGGAGCAAGUCCAGGCACAGCUGCAGAGCCAAGUUGGUCUUUUCUCAAUCGAAAACAUGAGAUUGAAAGGUCAAGUGAAGCAGCUGGAAGAAAGCAAGUACUGGGAUAAAAAUGAAGAGUAUCGUCAGCUGCAAGAUACGUAUGAGAAUCUUAGGAGGAAUUAUGAAAGAAAAGAAGACGAGUGCUAUCAACUACAGAAGUCUUGUGAUGCUCUUGUGACUAGUAAUGAAGACAAGGAAGAAAGAAUACGCUGCUAUAAACUAUUAGUUAAAAAAAUGGAAGCAGACCAAGCAUCAAAACAAAACGAAUUAGCUAGACUUGAGAAAAGUUGGAAGAUUAGCUCUGCAGAUAUUGAGUACACUAAAACAAAGCUGGGUACAGGAGGAUGGGCAAAAGUCACAAUUGGAAAGUUUCGUGGGAAAGAUGUCGCAGUAAAGAGAUUCUAUAAAGUACUUUUGCAACAGGAAGAGCAAAGUAGUCAUUAUAUGGAGCUCCUUCAUAGAGAGAUCAACACAAUGUCUCAGUUGCGUCAUCCUAAUCUCCUCCAGUUUAUAGGAGCAGUGUUAGACCAUCCAAAAGGUAAUCCUAUGAUUAUCACUGAAGUAAUGGAUACCUCAUUACGCAGUGCCUAUGAGAGGAAGGAGCUUACUACUGAUCCUGGCUGUAGAUCAGUGAUUCUAUCUAUAAUGCGUGAUGUAGCUGUGGGUUUAAACUACCUACACUGUCUACCUGAUCCUAUUAUUCAUCGUGAUGUCAGCAGUGCUAAUGUACUACUGGAAUCAAAGGGACACAACAAAUGGAAGACUAAGAUAUCCGACUUUGGAUCGGCUAAUUUAGCUCAUGCAGCAGUUACUGCAGCACCUGGAGCUUUAGUUUAUAGUGCUCCAGAAAGCCAUGCUCCUUAUGGAAAAAGGCAAACAAUAAAAAUGGAUUCAUAUAGCUAUGGUGUUCUCUUAUGUGAAAUGAUUACAUGCCGUUUUCCUAAAACUCCUGGAAUAUUAGAGACUCUCUCACUGCAAGUCAAAGUCAGCUUACCUCAGCUGCAUGAACUCAUAAUUUCAUGUAUUAAUGAAGAACCAGACAAGCGACCAACAAUGUCUGAGAUAAUUGUCAAAUUGGAUUGUUUCAUUGUCUAGUUACUUCUUAAAAUAUUUUU